UAGCUAGCCAUGGAGAGCGUCGAGCACCACCACGAAGGCACCACCCGCCUCUCCCUUUCCCCUGCCCCUGCGUCGGCGCCGCUCUCCCCGCCGAUAUCCCCCAACUCCGCGGCACUGGCUGCGCUGGCGAACGCGCGCUGGGUGCCGACCAGGGAGCAGAUCGCGGUGCUGGAUGGGCUGUACCGCCAGGGGAUGCGCACCCCCACCGCCGACGAGAUACAUCAGGUGACGGCGAGGCUGCAGGAGCACGGCCCCAUCGAGGGCAAGAACGUCUUCUACUGGUUCCAGAACCGGCUGCGCCAGAAGCAGAAGCAACAGAGAUCCGACUACUUCGCCAGGCAGUUCCGCCGUCCCCAGCCGCUGCCCACGCUCCGCAGGACCCCCGGCCACCCCUUCUCCCCGGUCCAGCCGCCGGCGCCCAACGCUCCUGCAUGCAACAGAGAAGGGAUGUACAUGCAACAGCCAUGUUACAUGACAGGGCCAGCAGCACAAGCCUCGGGGAAUUCAGCCUACUACUCGCAGAUGCAGCCGUCGCUAAUGUACCCUAAUGUAGAGACGAUGGCGCAUGGCAACGUCCAGGCACAGGCACAAGCCGCCAUGUACUUCCAGGCAGCAACUUCAAACAACUCCAACGCUCGACAUCAACAUGCGGUCCAGCUCCCUCCAGUCGACGGCAACUAUGGGGCUCCUGAUGCCUACUCCCGCCGGCCCGUGCUUCUGAAUCUGUUCCCGCAAUACCCCACCUUCGCGAAUCGCGAGAAGACCAGCAACACUGGGAGUGCCGGCUCCCCAAGGCCGUCCACCUCAAGGUCGUUCUCUUGGGAGGCGGAUAGCCCCGAGAUCCCCAACGGAGAUGGCUCGAGAUCGUUCUAUGACUUCUUUGGUGAAGGCCGUUGAACAAGCCACAUGAAUAUUGAUAUACUCGACAGGAACUUUGUCGAAGUCAUCUGGGGCGUAUCUGUCGAUCUCAUGACCAUGCGGUUGAGUGGAUGCAACGACUGCCCGUUUGGGGAUAUUUUGUAGCAUUGUUGGUUUAAUUAGUCAAUUAGGCACAAAAAUGAAUUUAUUCAUAAACUUUAGGUGGGCAUCGAAACAUGUUGUUAAAUUUCAUUGAAUU